AUGUAUAGACGUAAAUAUUGUAAUCUUUGUAAAAGAAAAUUAUUUUCUGAAAAAGAUUUUAAUAAUGAUGAUGAUAUCUCAUUGAAUACCGAGUUGACAAUAUCAGAUAAACUUUCUUAUAUAUCUGAUGAAGGGUUUGUUGUUCUUGAUAAAAAAACAUAUUUUUGUUCUAAAUGUAAUCAAUAUCGUUAUUCGGAAUUUCAUACUUGUGUUAAUCUUAAAAAAUAUCAACUUACCGACAGUAUUAAAAUUAAUUUGGAUAAAAUUAUUGAGAUGAUUUCUAAAAAAUAUACUUCUAUUAAGCAUAGUAGUAAAAAAAGAAAAGCUGAAACUGAUUUCAUUGAAGAUGAAAUUCAAUUUUCAGUUAGUUCUCCUUCUGUG